AUGCGGGUUUUCAUUACGGAACAUCUCAACUACUGGUAUAGCGUCCAAGCCUACUAUUUGGCUAAGACGUUUGCAGAUCUUCCCUUCCAGGUGGGUCUAACCCGGCAUCAGCCUGAUGUUCGGUUUUUUUAAAAAGACGUUAACUGAUGGAACUUAUAUCAAACUUUCAAUUUAGAAUGAUAGAGGAUGUAAGAUUUUGCUCACAAGCCUUACUAAUUACUAGAGCUCUGGCAGAAGCGAGAAACGUACCUUCGAAAGGUGACUGGGUAUAUUCUAUUUGCAAUCGAAUGUGGGGACCUUUCCGAUCAUUUCUGCGGAACCUAACAUUUCGACAAUUGUAUCCUUUUAACUCCUUUGAGGGUGGCUUUUAUCCUACAAAAUUAUAGUACAAUUGCAGAUGCUCAUUGGGGGAGACAUUCUUGUCAGAGAAGGGCCAUUUGGUUUUUAACUGUCCGCACUUAACCAGUAGCCCUAUGGCCGCUGGUUCGGAUGACGGGGUAAUGUUCUGUUGUCAUUGUCCAACAAAGCGAAAGCAAGAGUCCCAGGGCGAUUAUCGGAAAGGAAAAAUCACCGAGACAGGUUUAUUAUCUUUCUGACGUUUCGAACUGGCCACACCUUUAACUUUCAAGGAACGAUCAUUUUGACCAGCGACAGUCAAAAAUUAGGCCGAUUUACUCUCGAGGUUUUGUUUUCGAAUGUCAUUUCUAUCAAUUGGCAUUUCUAACUCCCUUCGAAUUUUAAGUACUGGACGCACAGAAUGACUGCGGUUGACUUAACGAGGUCAACGGCGGGGUCGACUAGGGGUAAUCUAAUCAGCUCAUCCGACGGGACGGCUGACAAAUCACCAUGCUGGGUUUCAAACAUUUGACCCCGUCGAGAUAACUGGUCACGCAGGCAGCCCGCCAGGCAUUUAUGUGCAAAAAGACAGUGAAAAUACACACAAAAUGUUCGGGAACAGGACCUACCAACUCGUCGAUUACCUUCCCACCUCCCUAUCUUUGUCGACAAAACAUAUCGAUCAUUAGUUGACAGUCGUUAUGCAACUGCCUGCUUGGGUUGUAAACCCGCAACUGCAAGGCGAAACAGAAAUGCUCAUUUUUGUUCCAGUCCUCUGGACCAAAGUGCUACUCUUUCGGUCAUAGCCAACGGUGGCACGUUUCGUUGAUCACGGUACAAUUUAUGCGACGGACGAUCGUUUUCAGUUUUCAACACCAGGAGAGCGCUUAUGUGCGUGUGCGAAUGCGUUGUAGACCCAUGGAAGUUUUUAGCCAAUCCCCGUUGUUACUACCGCUGCACCUCGCAGCUCCUACUGACUGCACAUCAAGUAUGGCUACAGCGAACGACUUUAUAAAAUCCUACCUACCUUCUCAGGUUCCUUUAGACAUCUGACCAUGUUGGGCAGCAAACCGGUAUGCGUGGACAGGUAGGCAGAGCAGCCGCUUUUAAUGUGGACGUGCCUGCGUGCGUGAAUAUGACGUCGUAAGCAGGCACCGGGGACGAUGCGCUGUCGAGCAAAGUUAGCUUUCUCUCAAGCUAAAAUCAGUCGAUUUUCUCUCUGAGACUCGCUAAGGAAGUUAAUUGCUAGUUAGCCCACGUGAAUUUGGACUGUCAUAGUUAAGUACUAGGAACUAAGUUCACAUACGCUUUAACACUACGCUCUGUUGUUCCCCAUCAGUGGAGGAAAUACGUUCUGCUCUGUCCUUACCUUCGAGGCACUGCACUGCCGUAAAACUCCUAAACUCAUGAUUUUUAGUCAACAGCCGCCUAUGGGUCUCGAUGGGUUUAAAAAUUUUUCUAUGUAAACACGGUGUCCUUAUUUCGGAGGGCAGUAAACUCUGAAAAAAAGCACAAUCUUCAAACUAGAGUUGAUCCGUACCUUUGUUUUUGUAUAAAACAAGACUUAAACGCUUCUCAUAUGAACUGUUAUUCGUUAACAGCAAACUCAACAGGAAUUAGACAGCCUUCCUUAUUUUUGUUACGCAUGCUUUUGCCUAGAAGACUACCGCUGUAAGGUAACAGAAUACCCUUUUAUUAUUUCCACCUUUUUAUCUCUACUUCUGCAGCUUUUUUAAGCCUUGGAGGUUUUCCUUUUGUUUAUUCCUCUUUUGAGUUCUUUUGUUUUCUCCUCAAGAUAAUAUUUCCGCUAAUAUACGGCAUCAUAGUCUACUGGAUGACGGACCAACCGGCCGAAUUCGCGCGAUUCAUGAUCUUCCUCGUGGUUUGCGUCCAAACCGCUUUGGUCGGACAGUCACUGGGACUGGUCAUUGGAGCAGCUACAGACUUAGAGGUGAUGAUUUCUUUGCCUCUCUGCAUUCCAUAUUUUUAUCCUACGUUAAUGUCCCCUCUUUCAAUCCUCCUCAGCUGCGUCCUCAACGUGGCAACCCUCAACUUAGUGUCUCCUAGAGGUUUGUUAGGAGUGGAGGACGGUGCUAAUGAGCUUGUCGUUUAGUGGGAAUUUCGAGGACACCAACCAGGAGCGCGCCAGUUGUCGUUUUUGCCAGUUUUGUCAAUUAACCUCAUGGGCAUUUCUUACGGUAUUCCGUCCAUCUUUCUCACAGACCACUCCUGAAAUUAGUGCUGCGUUGGUUCACGUGGCUACGCGACAUAGGCCUCCAAAACUGGGCGAUGUUCUUACACCAACUCUAAACGGGAGCCAAACAAGUGUUCGGCGUACGCGUAACAGAGGCAUUACGUUGCUUCAGUCCCACGCACGAUUUAUUUACGUCUAUUUGUCUUCAGUUGUAUGUGUCACUAGUGCACGAUGGAAGAGGGAUUCAAACAAGCCCUGCGCCCUUUGUUCUUCACGAGAUAAAUGUAAGGCAUUUUAGCUGCCUAGACGCCCCUAUAGGCUAUAAAUUGCCAACUGGUGAGGCAAUUCUAUCCUCGGGACUGAGAGCCAGACUACAACGACUUAAUGUUGUCCUGAUGGCAGCCCCCAUUGACGAACCAUCUGGAUUAUCGAAAUCUGGUUAUCAUGUGACACGCCUCGACCAAGCUUCUUCCGCGUCAUUCACCUCAUCUACGUCUAACUUCAACCCCCUUGUUAUUGUCUUGCCAUCAGAACAGUACUGGCACCGGAUGAGACGGAAACAUAGGGGAAGUGACCCAACUCAUGUUCAGGUCACCACUGCUCUCCUAGGGCAGUGGUGUUUCUCCUCCCUCCCUCCCUCCUGACCGACGAAUUAUUGUAUGCCAAGGACCGUCCUCGUUUAUAGCUUAUGCAUAUUCUAGGACUUUUCCCCAGGGACUGAUCGCGUGCUCUUCAGGCUUGAAACGUCAUUACUGGGAGAAUAGUAGACUCAAAAAUGUUUCACAAAUUAUGCUCGCCAUCCACACCGGUCGGCGUUACGGAAAUGUGAGAUUUCAGUAGCAUAUUUCGCACUUCUUGCUUAUUCAAGCCUUUUCUCUGCUAAGGUCGCAGUGCUUACUUAAACGCAAAUCUACCGACCCCAGUCCUACCCACACAACGUCCUACCGUUUCGCAUUUUCAGUUAAGGCUGACCGUAAUUAAAGUUAUGAGUACCUGCGCUCUCUCCUCCGUAAUAGGUCUGCUGUUGUCUUUACUAACCUAUUGCGCGUCUAAUGCUAUGUAGUUGUCGCCACCCUUUUUUCUAUGCAUCUCCAUAAUUCGAGCAAACGCUGUUCAUUCAUUUCUUCCUUACCUCAUGCACGCAUGUCGUCUUUAUGCUCUGCGCUGCAAGCCUUGCCCCAAAGGCAAGUCUGCAGCCAAAAGUGGCUUAAAAGGCGGCAACUAGCCUUAAAGUUAAUUCCCCCCUGUUGUCUUCCCGUUAAUGUGCCUUUUACGACGUCCUUCUAACAAUACAUGUUAAUCAUCAAGCUGAGAUUUCCAGGGAAUACGUUUUCUAUCUUGGUACGCAAAUUGGAUGCUGUCUGACAGUAAAGGAAACCGACACACAACAAUCUAAUGGAGCGUCACGUAAUGCCACCGUCAAUGGGGCACGGGCAUCAACUUCCAGUCCUUCUUCUACAUUCAAGCGCAGUUUAGAGAGGUUUAGUACCCUAGCAUGGGCCGCCUCUUUCAUAACUGUACCAAGAUAUCGCAAAUAAUAGCCUUCCUUCCGUCAAAUUCGUCAAAAUCCUAGGUCAGACUUACGAUUACGCGUUUAUCCAAGUCGUUAGCUCAAAGCAAGCUGCUCGGUGAUACUGUCAUCCUCCCAUUUAUUAGAAGAAAUGACCCAGUUUCUGGUCAGAUAGCCUAACCGUGUUUCACCAAUGUCAUCCGGCGGCGGCAGCAUAUAUCGGCACUUUUUUACUUUUUCUGUGGAGAUUUCGAAGAACAAAUAAAUAAAAAAAAUAAAAACAAGCGCAUAGUCACUUUUCGUUUUUCCAGAAUUCGAAAUGUUUGUUUACUUUUCUCGUCAAUGUUCUGCUAUGUUACGGUUAGUUAUUCCGGUGCCAUUGAUCUUCCCGACAUGCAUAUGCAUUGUAUUUCCCUCCUGUUUGCCCUUUUGUAGUAUUUUGUGCUUGCCGUCACCGUCCUUCCUUUUUCGCUUUUUCGCCCACCGCUUUCUUAAACAUUUCGCAGGUUCCUGAUGAGCACCUAUUGCGCGGUUUUGACUCGAACUCCUGAAGCCCAAUAGCGAAAAUGUUUGCUUAAUAAAACAAUACUACGACUGACUUUUGGCCAUGCGAUGUCGUCUCUGCUGACAGUGAAGACAAUGGCCUUGAGACUGAUUUACACGCGACAUGGUUUUCUUGUUCACUUUUUGUCAAAAGGGUUAACGCCAAACAGGCAGACAGAAGAUAGUCUGCGCGCUCAUUGCCAUUCCGCAGCUGUUGUCCAGAAAAGAGUCCAUAGACGAAGAGAUUCCAUUAGGCGAUAUUUCGAAGGACCUGGUCCUUCUUGUUCAUCUCAGAGUUGUUGAUCCUUUGAGUUUCGAGUGCGCUCAUUCAAAACGGGAAGUUGGACGACGGAGACGCGGCUUUCCAUAAAUGAUUGGCGCGUAAACCAGCAACUAGUUCAAGAGGGUAAGGUUCUGGGUGGAGGUUGUUACAUAUAGAACCGUGAAGGUGUAGGAAGAGAAGUUAACUUUAAUAAUCGAAGGCGUCCACUGAAAUCUCUUUGUGAGCUUAGCGACAGAUAGUGUUCUCUCACACGGUCUUAAACCCGAUAAUGAGGUCUCGUCGGUCGAAGGAAGUACGCUGCCCUAAGCUGUCGGCGUAGGGACCUGGUGGUCAAAUUGCCCCGUAUAACUGAAUCCUGCUUCGGAGUAAACUCACGCGGAGCCCGGGUCCCUCGAAAUAUCUUAUAACAAAUUGACUUCUCUCCUGAAUUUUUCAAUCUUCUAUGCUUGGAUUAUGCUACCAGGCGCUUCAGGCAAGCGUUGUACUCUUCAGUGCGCACGAAACUGCCCUCCUCCUCAUCAAGGAUGGUUGCCCGCUGGUGCGCUAAUUGUUCGAUGGCCGGCAUGCAGGUUGUUGAUUGCUGAAAUUCCAUCAUCCGUGUUGAAUGUUGGUCCUGAUGAUUGCGUAUUCCCCGAGUGGCUAAAUACUUAUACAGACUAAGUCUCAGCAAUGAAUACGGGGUGGAAUUUCGUUACACUUGUUGAUAGACUGGGCCCCGAGAGCCUUAAAUCAUGCACCUCGCAGCUCACGUGAUUAUCACCUCUCGCGGGAAUUUCGGCCUCAUCGAACUUGAAUGUGUGGCUGGGUCUCGCCGAGUGGGCCGCGAAUUGACAGUUGACGUUAUUUCUCUGCACUGCUGUCGCGUGUUCCGUGAUUCGCGUCCAGAGCAGUCUUCUGGUUUCUCCGACGUAGUUGAUUUGUCCGCAACUGCAGUUGAUCCGACAAACGACUCUGAAUAUUUCUUGCCGUGGCAGUGGGUCUUUUGGUUUCACCACCUGACGCCUAGUGGUUGUCCUCGGUCUGUAUGCAACUCCAAGUGGUGCGAGAAAAUGGCUGACGGCCUCGGAGACGUUCGUGAUGUACGAAUCGCUCACCAAAAUUUGACGCUGGUACGAUUUAGUCACUCUUCCCGUUCACGCAUGCACCGGCUGACGAAGUUGCGCGGGUGGCCGUUUUCUCUGGACACCCGUCGAAGAUAUUGAAAUAUAGCAACCUUGUCUUCCGGCUCACUGGAAUGCGGGGAACGGCAGGUUGUAGGACCCCAAACAUCUGUCCCACAUAAAAACUGCCUAAUCUACUUUUUUAAAUAGGUCGUGGGUUGUUGAGUAAUGCUCUAAUCAUGAACUUUGCGUUCGGUUUGGCCCUUCCGCUUUUGUUUGUUCGUGGCCGUUAAGUUAUCUUGUAGCACACAUUUUCCGCGCGGAUUUCAAUAAAUUUUAGCCCACUUAAUCUUUUCAACCUGUCACAGGCGUUACCCCUCCAGCUUACCAUCGCACUGCAUGAGCUCCGGUCAGAGAGUAGAGGAGUGAUCGUAUCGCUUCGGUCCUCCGUCGCAGACAUUACUAUUUCAUCUACCAUUACUUCCCAUAUCUUCAGCUCAGAGAGUUGACAAGCGAUGGUAGAUGUUACUCCUCACCUUACCCUUGUUUGUCAUGGCCUAAGCUCAGAGUUGAGAAGCGAUCAUAUCGCAUCGUUCUUCCGUCGCAGACGUUACUAUUCCAUUUACCAUUCCUUCCUUCUCCAUCCAUAAUUGUAUGUCUGGGAAGACGCUGUUAAGACGUUCUUUGAACGUUACCGCCUGAUUCCAUUCAAUGACGAGGAAGGAAUCAUCCACAUACCAGGCCCAGAAUUUCGGUCUGCGGUGUUGGAAGACCAGGGAGAGAGAGGGAGGAAUUCGUUUUAUUUUGAAACUAUAAAUUCAAAAUUUUCAGCAAAAAUUGGCUCCAUUCACAGUGGGCAGUAAAUAAGUUAACAGAUUCGUCCGGGGUCAAAACGUUUGACGCAAAAGGACCGAUUAUUAUGGGGACAGUUCAAGUCUUAACUUCUGUAUUUCUAUCUCUUCACACGUAAGAUAGCACGCCAGGAGUGGCGAAACAGAAUCUCGAAAAGCCGAUUUGCGACAAGACAUAAGUCGGAGGCCGCGGCGCAUCGGGUGGGAAGACUUCGCAGAGAUAAGAUCAGAAUACAAGGGAUGGGCAACCUCAUCUAGAAUUCGACCAGCAAAUUGCUUGACCUUAUUGAAAUGUCGUUGCAGGAUAAUAUCGACUAAAAAGAUAUAAGAAACACCAGCGGCAGAGGAGAGCAUUCGGAGGACGCGUAUCAAAAGUAGAAGAUCUUGUUUGAGCAAAGCAGGAAAAAUGACAGGAAAGCCAUAUAGGGUAAGAGGAAGAACGCAGGCAUCUAUGAAUCAUCAGACUAAGGGUUGAGGUGUGUGGUAGGAACGUAACGACGAAGGUAAUAAAGAAGUUUACUAACUUUAGUAGAUAGGGACUCAAUAUGGGGGGAAAUGAAAGAUUUGAGGACAAAUUAACACCGAGGUACCUCAGAGGAUACAUCGUUGGGAAGGAUGUCAGAAGAUGCGGGACUAGGAGAGGGCCGCAGUCGGAAAACACACUGAACUGAUUUUUGGUUGUUCAUUAGGAGACCAUUUUCCUCCGACCAUACCAGGACAUGGUUAAGGCCAUCCUUUAGAGACUGGAGGUAAGUCUGGUUUUUGAGAGGGUGUCCAAAAACCACAGAAUCGGCAUACUUAACCAAAAGGCAGUUGUUAGGGGAUUUGAGAUCAUCAGUGUGGAGGGAGAAAAGGUGAGGGGAUGGAAUGGGACCUUAAGAACUUCGCAGUCAUUGGGAACGACCGUAGAUUUCCGUUUGCCGGAAUGGACAAAUUGAGUGUGGGAAGUAAAAUAAUCGCUAAGCCAAGGGACGACCCAGCCUGGAGAGUCGCACGCGGAUGUUUUGGUAAGGAGAAGAGGGCGCGGGACGGUAUUGAAGGAGGAGUAGUCAAAAAGCACUUGCGUACUCGCGGCGGCUCUUAUCUAAUUCUUUUAAAGCAGAAUGGACCACAAGAGCAACAGCAUCUAAAGUACUGCGUUUGGCUUUAUAUGCAAAUUGUAAAUGGGUCGAAAAAAAACCGGAAGAAAAGGCCUUAUAAUAUCUAGGGGAACUUUUAGCGAGUUUUAGUAGUGCGGAAGAGCAGGCAAUUGAACGAAAAGAUUAAGGACCAAAAUUAGCGGAUUUUUAGGGCUGGGAGUGAUUCUCACCAGCGAUUCUAACUGUUCUAGGACCGCCUCGGCUAUGAGUCCCAAAGUCGGUGAACACAUUGGCUUUUCUUUCACCUGCUUGUAGAUUAAUCGUCAAACGUGUAGCAGGUCCUCGGAACUUUAGGAGUUGAAGGGCCUGCGCGUGUCCGAGUCGAUUCUCCUUUUCAUCGCAUUUUCCUCGUAGGAGUAGGUCAGCGGUCUCAACUGCCAGAUCUUGGGGGACAGAAGAGGGACGUGACAUCAAAAGAUACCAUUAUCUCAUUUGGCAAGAUACUUGACCCUUUAAGAUCCAAGUGCUGUGUUGACGAACAGACAGUUGUGUCCAAACCAAGACGCCGAAACAGCCACUUUGUCUGUCCAUACGUUUGAGUGCCUUUGAGCGAUACGAUGUGCCGAAGAGGAGAGCCAUUCUUAUGCACCUUGGGGAGGCCAUGGAACCUGGCUAAUGCCGUCUGUUGAGCUAUCCCUAUGCGCCUGUCAGUGUUAUUGCACCCGAGUUCUCCAGUGCAAAAAGCGUCGCAUUAGUUUCGGGUGUCGGAGCUUUUACGAGGUUGGUUCGCAUGAGACCUAAAACUGACGAUUCUCCAGUAGGUUUUUGACCCUCUGAAGGUUGUCUUUUCUGUCCAAUAGAACGGUGGAACGCUUCUGGCCCGCGAGCACGAUGACGAUGAAUUUGUGGGCUUUGAGGUCUAUUAGUGCACCGCGUCCGAACUUGGGGAGUAUUUUUCGUGGCCUGUGUCAUAAGAGGGACGAUAGUCGUAGAUUUUCCCGAUUGUCACUUCUGAGAAGGCAAUUUUGACCAUAGUUUGGAGAGAUCUGCAAGUUUUCAUAACGAUUUUAUCGUUAAAAUGUCUAGGCUGUCAUCGUGUUGCCUUUUAGGUUGCCGUGUUUCUCGGCCCGGCGACAGGAAUUCCGAUCUUGCUCUUCUCGGGUUUCUUUGUCACUCUUGAUGCAAUUCCAAAGUACCUCCAGUGGCUCUCCUACAGUUCCUUCACGCGAUAUGCUUUUGAGGGUGCAAUGAAGGUGAUUUAGCAAUUCUCUCGCCCAUUGUAUCCAUAUUUAACUAUCUUUUGGAAGUCUCACUUUAUCCAGUAGUAGUUUGCCAAGAGGCCCAUCCUUCGGACGUUUUCCCACUAUCGGACAUCUAUAAUUCGACAGCAGACCUAAAAGGUACCGUGAAAUUCUGCUGUUGGGCACGUGGUGCAGCGUUUCCUGCUGCAAUAGAUGACAAAAUGACAUUACCGAAAUGGCCAGUUUGGCUUUUUAAUUGUCGUCAGCCAGUCAUAUGAGACGAGUGAAGUCCGCAACACGAUCAGUGAACUCCUUUUUACCAUUGUAUAUACCCGAUCGCAACUGACAGGACAGCGAGCCCGUGGUUCAGUGGUUAGGGGCGUUUGAAUUUUAAUCAACAGCUUGCGGGAUCGAGCCCCAGGUGUUCCAGACUUCGGGGCUGAGUAUGAUUGGCUGACGACGACUAAUAAGCCAUAAAUGGCCAUUCCAGUCUCCCUUGUCUUUUUCGGUAAUAACAUACUGGCUAUAUCAUGCGCCGCUGUACGUCUGUUGGUUGGGCUCGAGAGAGAGGCCAUAAGGCACAGCGGAACGAGUGAGUUCCUUAAGAACGAUCGGUGAGCGUCCCCUACCAUUUUAUAUAUUUAUGCACACACAUGUAUGGUUACUGUUUUAGUAACGUCUGUUCUGGUGUAUUCAUCACCUAUCGUUAGUGUAUGACACUCAUUGCCUACAAAAUUAGUGAGCAUAAAUUUUAAAAUAUAGCACACUUUUAGGCAGUGGCUCUGUCAAGAUAUUUUGGGACGUCAGUCAGAAUACUGAAAGUAGUAGUGAAGCAUUAAUUUCCAGGCAGUCGAUUAAUUCCACACACUGGGACAAAUUUUUGUUACAGUUUCUGCACCAUUUGACGUUAUGCUUAUACGUGGGUAGCGUUUUCAUGUAAUGCUAACUAGACUCUAACCAAAGACAUAAGUUCGCCUGGGAAAACUUUAAUACAAAUGAUAAGGAAUAACCCACAGCCUACGCUAUGCUUUAAAAUUCCUGAGCACCAGACUGCGAUCUCUAGACACGUUUUUCCGUGGAAAAGGUCGAGGUUGCAAUCUAAAGUUAAUUCUUACACGACAGCAUGCUAGCUCUUGGAAAAACCUCUCCCCAGACCUCUUUGCAAAUUAAAAUCAGGAGAAAGCCCAACCCGGGUGAUGUUCAAUGUGUCCACUCAUCUCGGUGUCCGUAUCAAUUCAAUCAUAGUUUUUUUAGGAAGAGCUACAUAAAAGAUUCGUUUCCCCAAACACGUAUUCUUGAAGCACGUAUUUUGAAAACUGUUCUUCUCGAAGAAAGAAAACAUUUUUACUCUAACAUCUGUGUACUUGAAAACUCAGUCUACGUUUUCGCGUCAUCAUAUGCCUUUCGGGUUUUGUCCUCUUAAUUUUUGCCCGAGAUAAAUCCACAUAACCGUGUCCGUUCAUGUAGGAAGAACUCCUACUACCGUAGUGAAUUACAGUAUGUACGGAUCACAUCGCCUGUUCGAUGAGCAACAGGAAUCGGCAUGCGGAGGUUAACCAAGAGGCAAACGAUACAUCAUACUUUUGAACUUUUUCAGGACACUAGUACAGCAUCCUUCAAAAUUUAACAUUUGAAGAAGUAAUAAUUUCCCAUAAAAUAAGCAAGGAGUUGAAUCAUUUUUGUGUCUAUUGGAUAAGACAUGAUGACACUUAUGCAUGCAUCCAGAACCCGUAUAAAAAUAUAUGACUUCGAAGUAAUGAGUUCUUCUGAGUGCGAAUCGUUGGCUGCCUGGGAAGUGGACUGAUCAAAUACGAUCAGGUGGCUGUUUAGGAAUUUAUUCAGAAUCAUGGUCUUGCGUUAAUUCAUUCUACAAUCACACCUAAACAAUCUUUUCCACUUGAUGGCAAAAAAUAAGAAAUUCAUGGUCAAUCAAAAGAAGAGGAGGCGUUCACCGGGAGAGGUGUAUUUGAGGUCUGACGUUUCGGGUAGUCGUUUCUUCUACCCAUCUUCAGAGACUGAGCAGUCGUGCACACACCUCUCCCGGUGAACGCCUCCUCUUCUUUUGAUAUGCCACUCGGGAAUCGCAUUUUCACUACUAUUGAAAUUCAUGGUUAUUUUAUUUCAUUCAGGUACGAAAACAAUGUACCUAACUGUGUCCGUAAGGUUUUUAGAGUUUAAACAAUCCGCGUAUUAUUUUAUUCGAUUGUACCAUGAUUCCCAGUUAUCCAUGCAUGCUCACAGGUAAUUUAAUGUUUGCUCGCACUUCUGGGAAAUCGUUUUCUGUUUGGUCUGUGCCAAAAAUUUAUCGAAGUUUUUAGGAUCUGGAGCCGUGUCUUUCAUUUGAGAAGAACCUCACUGGAUGCUCUGAUGGACCAGGACAAAUAAGCAUUUCCGCCGAUGCUACCACACUUAAUGAAGAACUGGAAUUUGAGAUCGACAAGCAUUUUGUGAGAGUACGCCCAAGAAAUGCUUCCAAUCGCGCUGCCGCCUCAUGACGUACAUUUGUCAGAGUGUAAAUAAUCCGCAUGAGUCAAUUACUACUGCCGCACCUGCGUGCAGCACGCGUUAGAAGGAGGCAUUCGUGUCAUGCCUGCCAGUGCGUCAAAUUACCUCAAGGGCCGCCCGAAGGCCUCGAGCAAGUCAUUAUAGCAUAAGAGGGGGAAGAAGAGGUUCUGGCCGGUUAUGAGGAAUCCCUUCUCAUGGCAAAUCCGCACAUUCCGCACAGUGUGUUUGAACCUAUCACGACACGGUGACAGCGGUGGCAUCGAAGAUGGCUCAUUGGCGGGAUAGGUCGCCCGAUCGUGGAACGAGGGUCAACUUCAUUGGCUGCCAAUUAAGCCCUUAUGGCACCUCUCGCGUAUGCGAGAUACAUGCCCGUACAUGACACGCGUUAGAUGGUUGAUCUUCAUUGUGUCAACACCUGCUAUUAACUUCAGAGCCAACCAGCUUGAGGCGGAUAAGCCACUGUGUGGGAAGAGAUGGAAUGAUUCUGAUAUAGUGCCUAGACGAGGCGUGCGUUUGAUUUAAUAUAACCAAAGAAGGGCGCCAGGAAACUUCCACUACGCGACGACAGCUAGGACUUGGAAAUCUGCCAACUGACGGAAUAACGCGUUCUUUCUCAGUCCAGGCUUUACUGUCUCCUCUUAGAUAGGGAUUUCAUGCCCUUGCACUAUUGCUUAAUGUCCGAACCCCCUCUGCUCUCUAUUUUAAGUCGCACUCAUUCGGAGUAGGAGACUAGGUCAUGUGCGACACAAGUAGGCGGACUAUUAAGCUUUGCCAUUACUACUCGUCCAUGCUAAUCUGCGGCCGUGUUGAGUUUGUGUUAUCAUUGGAACACUGUGGGAGGUGUGUGAAUAGAGAUUGAGUUGGCCGUAGUGUAGGUCAGUUCCGCUAUAACGCCUAUCUCGCGGAACAGUGAUGAUGCACCUCCCUUGCGACGAUCUGACUAUUACGUUUAUGGGUCUACUUGUUCCGCCCCGUGGGAUCGCUGGUGAUGUCUUUGGACUGCAGGUGAAUGCGGGGUUUUGUCUUCUGGCAUGCAAUCUGGUCGGCACCAUGAGCGCCGACCAAAUGUUAAAAUCAAUAUUUUUGAGUGGAGCGGACGGAUGGUGAUUUCUUAGUUCAACUGCUAGAGUGUUAAGACCAAGGGUCAGGUGUAUCCCUGUGAGGUCUGGAGUUUUCAUAACUUUCGGUUGGGAUACUACGAUCUGCCCCGCUGAAGACCUCAACAACGACAUAUAUAAGCCCGAAAUAGCCACUUCAGACAUAAUGGAUUAUUUCCGACCACUGCAUGCCCGUCCGUCAGGGCUGUGGUUUUCGUCGCCACGAAAACAAGCUACGCUCGUUAUGACCUACAGUCAGUGUAAUGGGGUGUAUGCUACUCCCAUGUGACUUGUGAUUUAUCGAUGAGAAGGGGGGGGGCCUCUGCCGUUACGAUCAACACCACAAACCCUCCAGGCGACGGCGUUCCUUGUGUAUGGGUUAUGAUUUUACGUGUUUCAAUUUGCCCCUAGUAUUUCACGUCAUUCGCGACCUUCAAAGAGUUGGGUUUACUUACUUUUCGUGGACAGCGUUCUGGAGAAUGCUGUAGGUCCCUUAUUAGAUACUUUCAUGGGACAGAGACCUGAGCCUUGGUGUUUGUGUGAGGACGUAUAAGAGGACCAACAUUGCUCGGGUAAAGUGCCAUGACUUCUGAGCCUGGGAUUGGGUUAUAUUUCGUUUGUUUUCGACGGGACAAAAACAUAGAGCUCAUUUCUUUCUACACUUUCUUUGCAUUUAUUCACGAGUGCCGACUUCAAUUCGCCGUGCGGCCGACUCCCAUAGCCGCAGACCCCGGCACCAAAGUAAAAUGAGACGGAAUUGGCCGCGCUAUAGUCGCGCCAAGUCGGGCUAAAAUGAGGCGGACCUCUGUAAUAUUGUGGUCUGACGUUUAUCCUGGCCGUGGGCUGCCAGAAGCGUCUGCGAGGGACGGAUUGUUAAAUGGGCUUCGGCGAAAACUACCUGCAAUCAAGGUAGGCUCUCUGGCCGUAUGAAUAAGCAUACGCGAGCUGUGUGGCAGCACUACCUUUAGAUGUGACUUGGCAUAGAUCUGGCUACUCGGUUACCGACGGGGAGGUCACAAGCUAAACCGACAAUAGGCGUGACAUACGUAGCCUUCUACCAAAUCAGGCUUAUUGCCUCUGCCAUGUACAGUCCUGGAAUCGUAAAAUUGUAAGUGCUAUGAGUAAGUUUGGUAUAUCGAUAUUCUGGCGUGCCCUGGGACUGAGAAGCAUUAUAACCUCUCCCUAAAUUUACUUUUAAACAUCCGCCACAAGCCAUUAACAUUCGAAUGCAUUACCAAAUUAGUUGUUAUAUAUCAAUAAAAAUUGUUGUGCUGAAUGACAUUUUUGGGGUUGCGAUUGUCUGCGUGGUCGUCGCAUAUUGUUUAACUUCCGUCAAAUCGGCCACCGAUUUGGCUGUAUGGAAGAAGACGCUGAUUCUAUUUUCCCCUUGGACUUGUGGUCUGUGUCUAUUAGACGUCGCAUAACAAGUAAUUUGCCCAUCCGUGGAUUGAAGGCCUUGUGUGUUCACGUUUGUUUCACAACCACUCUCGAACAUGGAGUACUCAGAGGGUCAUGCAAAACCGUCAUCCUCGUCAGGUCAUUUUCAUUCGAACCGUGCAUACUAUCCCUCCUCGAAUCAACCCUCUCACAGUUCUGACUGACACUAUUUUCCUGGUGUGCUGGUUUUUUUGAAUAUGCAUUGGCUGCUCGCCGUCGAAUAAGAUGUUGCGAACUGUUUACCACCAUGUAAUUUUGUAUGUUUCGCCAAAUACGCUUUGUUCACUUUAAAUGGAAGCCUAAACAGAGCGAUCCACUGGCCUUGUUUUUACUUACAUCGGAAGGAUGUCCACUGGGAAUGCAUAUUCGUAAUUCUAUGUAGGUUGGUUGAUUUGAGGUGAUAUCGAAGCAUCUCAUAGCCGAUCGCAUUUUUUUCUCACUUCUCUUGUAGGGCAUCUAUGGAGGAAACAGAAGUACGCUAAACUGUACCAAAAGUCAGCGGUCUCCAGUCUCCAUUCCCUGCAUUCCAAAUCCGCAGUCCGUUCUAUCAUUCCUAAACAUUAGCAGCUACAAUUUUAUCAUCGACUUUACCGUCCUGAAUAUAUUCUUCAUCUUCCUUCGAGUUCUGUGUUUUAUUGUACUCUAUGCAAAGGCCAAGUCGAGCACGUAA